UUAGUUGUUGACUGACUUCGAAGGUUUGAACCUCGUUGCCGGGACGUUGUAUGAAAAACUGAGAGAACGACGGCGCGCAAACGAAUUGUCAGAAGUUUUAUAAUAACUGCAAAAGUGUUCAAUUCAAAUAUACACCAGUUACAGGUGUCGACGAACUCUUAAUCACAUGUGCGUAUCGCAUCUUACGCGUGAGUCACAAUUAUUCGCCUACGGUUUCACCGCACCAUCAAGGACGGCCUGUUACGAUUCGUAAUCGCCAGAAUUAAUCAUCCCGAGGUUGGCCAUAAUCUCUAAGCACCCAGAAGUCGAGCUGUAGAUGAGAUACGAGCGCAGCUGCAUUCGGCACGACACAGAUGUCAAGCAAAAACAGAAAGGAAAAGCCAAAAAUGAAGCGAAUAGUUCAAGUUGUCAACCUUUUCCACCGACUUAUCGAGUUGAUAGCGAGGGGAGUGUUUAGCUUGAUUGCGUAUUUCUGUCAUCCCAAGGAAUGUCAACCUCCGAUAAAGAACCGUAUCCUAUUGUACAGCGCCUCGACUUUAGCUGCUCAGAUUCGCCAGAAAGAGAUCACUUCAGAAGAAGUAGUUCAAGCCUACAUAGAUAGAAUUAAAGAAAUUCAACCAAUUUUAAAUUGCGUCGUCGAAGAUCGUUUUGAAGAGGCACUAGAGGAAGCUCGAAAAUGCGACAAAAUGCUGAGAUUGUCAAACGCACCAUCUAUCAAGGUUUUAACAACGGAGAAACCGUUUCUUGGAGUACCAUUUACGACAAAGGACUGUAUCGCUGUUGCGGGAAUGAAGCAAACGGCUGGAUUAGUUGCUCGUAAAAAUACAGCUUCUGAUAGAGAUGCGGAGACUGUCAAAUUAAUGAGGGCUGCUGGUGCUAUACCGAUUGCUAAAACUAACGUUUCUGAGUUGGCGAUGUGGUGGGAGAGUAGCAAUUGCAUAUAUGGAACAAGUAGGAACCCCUACAACACGAGGCACAUUGUUGGAGGUUCAUCUGGCGGUGAAGGUGCUUUGAUAGCAGCAGCAGGCUCACCAUUUGGAAUUGGUUCAGAUAUUGGAGGAUCGAUCCGUAUGCCUUGCUUUUUCAAUGGUAUUUUCGGACACAAGACAUCAAGGGGGGUUGUUUCAAAUGACGGUCAAUAUCCGAGUCCUCAUCACGAAGAACAGGAUGUUCUUCUCAGCCUUGGUCCGAUGUGCAGAAAUCCAUUUGACUUGAUUCCCAUGCUCAGGGUAUUAGCUGGAAAGAAUGCUAGUAUGCUUAAUCUAGAUAGUAAAGUGGAUCUUUCCAAAUUAAAGAUUUAUUAUAUGGAAGAUGAUGGCGGGCAACUCUUAGUGAGCUCAGUUGAGCCUGAAAUAAAAGAGGCAAUGUAUCGCGUCAUUGAUUACUUCGCAAGAGUUCACAAGGUGAAGGCAAAAAAAGUCGAUAUAAAGAAAUUGAAAAGGAGCACUGACCUUUGGUUAGCAAACAUGAGUACAAAGGAUGAAAGAGGAUUUGCAUAUGAAUUGUCCAACCGGACAGGAGAGCUAAAUAUAUGGUGGAAGUUGGCUCAAUGGUUCACCUUUAUGGGUCCUCACACAUUCAUCGCAUUGAUCACUGUACUAGUUGAAAGUUUCGGAAUUAAAUUCGGAAGCGAAAAACAUACGAAACUCAUUCAGCAAAGUAGAGAUCUUUAUCUAGAGUUUAAGGACAUGCUAGACGACGGCGGCGUAUUUUUUUAUCCCACACAUCCCACCGCAGCGCCGAUGCAUCAUGAGCCACUGUUGAAGCCAUUUAAUUUUUCUUAUACUGCAAUUUUUAACGUCUUGGGUGUGCCUUCAACUGCUUGCCCAUUGGGUCUUAAUCAAAACGGUCUUCCUAUUGGUAUACAGGUGAUCGGCGGUUUGUACCAAGAUCAUUUAACCCUUGCUGUCGCGGAGGAAAUUGGACGAGCAUUUGGUGGGUGGGUUCCACCACCGCUUACCGAAAACGGUGCGAGAAUCGAAGUUCCAACAGAUAUUGCGUUGUACACAUGAUCGUAAAAGCGGCAUGAAUAGUGAUACAUUUUUUAUUUCAAAUUUUCCUUUCUUCCAAAAAUAUUACAAAACGGGAAUAAACUUACUCAAAGAAUGUAUUCUAAAGACGUAACAAAGUACAUUGCCAUUGAAUACCUCGAUUCUUGAAACAAAGUAUGAAAUCUACCUAUAUUAAUUAGCAACAGGCCUAAACAAAAGGUUUUCCAGUCUGAGGAUACUAAUGUCUACUGUAAUAUUCCAAGUAUUCAACAAAGCUAAAAUAAUAUUUAUACAUGUAUAUUUAUGUACCGAAUAAAUCAAUUUUUAUUCAUAC